AAGAUUUUCGGCAAUGGUUGGGCAAUACUGAAAAGGUUUCAUGGGCAAUUGGAGGGAUGGUUCUCACUGCAGGACUUCUCUUUGUAAGGAUAAAAAAUGGCAAGCAAGAGCUACUUGAAAACUUGGUUUUCGGAUAAGCUGAUGACUCUGAUGGGAUACUCCAAGAGCGUUGUCUUGCAAUAUGUUAGCCGUUUGUCUAAGGAAUUGUCUUCACCCUCUGAUCUUCUAAGCAAGUUGUUGGAAUAUGGGUUUUCUUCAUCAGCAGGGACACGGUCGUUUGCUGAAGAGAUAUUUGCUAAAGUUCCUCACAAACAAUCUGGUACGAGUGAUUACCAAAACCAGGAAAAAGAAGCAUCUUUGUUUGAAGCAAAGAAUUACAAAUUGUUGGACGCUGAAGGAGCUGGCUCAGUAACUGCCACCUCUGCAACUUCUCAGCCCGAGAAAAAAGAAUCCCAUGGAAAGCGUUUUAGGAGGAAAAAUGAAACCCAAGAUGAUUCAGAUGAUGGUGUUUUCCUUCAUAGCACUUUCCCUUUCAUAUGGGUGACUACAUCCAAAGAUGUUGGGCGGCAAGUUCGAAGCCGUACUUCUGAGGUUGAUGAUGGCGAUGAUGACAGUGAGGAAUGGAGGGAGUAUCUUUUUUGGCCUUCUGCAAUCAGAAGUAUUCUGAAGCAGCUAGAAUAUGUGAUCAAGAAGAGAGAGAGCAAUUGGAAAGAAAUAUUAGAGAAAGAGAUGCAGCUGGAACUUGGAAGUAUAUAUAGGAUGCCUGAUGCAUAUGAUCAAGAGGGGGGUGUAAAUCAAGAGAAAAGAUUUGCUGCUGCUGUGCAGGGGUACAAGGAUUCUUCUGUGGGUGAUAAAAUGAAUCCGUUUGCAGAACAAGAAGCAUGGGAAGAAAACCAAAUCGGUAAGGCAACCCUAAAGUUGUUUGGCUCUAAGAACAAAAAACAAGCAGUGGAUGAUUAUCAGUAUGUUUUUGAGGAUGGGAUUGACUUCAUCAAGGAAUCUGUUAUGGAUGGUGUUCAGUAUGAAGAUGCAUUGGAUGGCGAGACUCCUGAAGAUGUUGCUGCAAAAUCUGCACUCCAAAAGAUUCAAGAUGAUAGGAAGACCUUUCCCAUCUAUCCUUAUCGGGAAGAACUACUCCAGGCUGUUAAUGAUCGUCAGGUCCUUGUAAUUGUUGGAGAGACUGGCUCUGGAAAGACUACUCAAAUACCUCAAUACCUUCAUGAAGCUGGGUAUACUAAACGUGGGAAGGUUGGAUGCACACAACCGCGACGUGUUGCAGCCAUGAGUGUUGCUGCACGAGUGUCACAGGAGAUGGGUGUGAAACUAGGUCAUGAGGUUGGCUAUUCCAUUCGCAUUCGGCUUGAAGAUUGUACUUUAGAGAAAACUAUUCUGAAAUAUAUGACAGAUGGGAUGUUGUUGCGUGAAUUCCUUGGUGAGCCUGACUUGGCCAGUUACAGGUGGAUUUCAAAUUUAGGAGACACUUGGUUAUCACAAUUGUAUUUUCCAUUUUUAUGUAUCUAACUUUUUGUUUAACAUCCUUGGUGUUGUAAUGGUGGAUGAGGCACAUGAGAGAACACUCUCAACAGACAUUUUAUUUGGUUUAGUGAAGGUAAGCUGAAUUUUUAUCGA